UUUGUCGCCUGUCAUCAGUGUGUCCUUGGCUGCAUAGACCAGCAGCAGGUUAGCUAGACAGCUAUAACCGCCAGAUUGGACGAGCAAAAAGGGAACCGCAACGGAGCAAACGCACACGAAUCCAUCUUUCCUCGCAGGCUAAAGCGCUCCGAAAAGUCGCCAUGGCUUUCUUGAUCAAGAGUAUGAUCGGGAACCCCCUUUCGGGUAUGGGCCUCGGCGGCGGAGGCGACAAGGAGGAAGAGGCCACCCCAUCGGAUCCGGCCAAAGCAGCGGGGAUGACGCGUGAGGAGUACGAGGAGUACCAGAAACAGUUGGUGGAGGAGAAGAUGGAGAGAGAUGCUGAUUUUUUGCACAAGAAGGCUGAGAGGGCGACACUGAGGGUGUGCCUCAGGGAAAAGUACAGGCUGCCUAAGAGCGAACAGGAUGAGAACAUGAUCGAGAUGGCCGGCGACGAUGUUGACGUGCCGGAGGAGCUGCUCAAGAUGGUGGACGAGGACGCCACGGAGGAGGAGGGCAAGGACUCCAUCAUGGGCCAGAUUCAGAACUUACAGAACAUGGACAUGGACCAGCUGAAGGAGAAGGCGUCGGCCACCGUGACCGAGCUCAAGAGUAAAGCCGAGGAAAAGUGCGCCGUCAUGUGAUCGAGCGACCAGGAAGAAGACGAAGACUAAAUUGAACUACAUUGCAGUGCAAAAGCCACCAUUAAUCUUGUUGUUUUAGUAAAGCUUUUCGGUUUGUUUAACUAGCAGACUACUUCCUGGUUCAUGGCGGAUGACAAAAUAACAUGAUUAAAAGUACAAAUGGUGAAAAGAAAUGUAUGCACUGCACCUUUAUCCAGAUUCUCACCACAAUCUAACAGCUUCUUAGCCCAGUCGCCAACCCGCUGUGAAGUUUCAUUGUUUUUUUUCUUUUGUGUGUUUUUAGCGUAAUCCUGCUCUUCAUCAUAGUUUUACCGUUUCAACUUGACCGCUGAGGUCUAGUGGUGGCCUCCACAUUUGCACAGUACUACAUUUUAAGCAUUAAAAUUAAUUUUAACACGGCCGUGACCAGUCAUUAUGAUGGAAAAACUUUAAAAUAUAAAAUACACUCAUCCCACUAAACUAUAUUUAACUAUUUGCGUCACUAACGAGCUAAAUUACAAUCUCCUUCACUCAUUUGUUUACAGUGAAAUAUGUAAAGAUGCUACACUGUCGUUGGAGUGUUUGACUUCCCUUUUGGUGGUUCGGUGGUUAGAUGUCUUUUUGCAUGUUGUGUUGGAGUCCAUGAUAGGAUGUUUCUAGAGGCCGUGUCUGUUUUUGACACAAAACAGACGCAUGUUAGAACCCUCACAUUUAAACAACGUAUACGUCUGCUCAUUUGCAGGAUUGCACAAUGUGAACUCAUGUACAUAAAAUUGCAAAACUUGUUGAAAUAAACAUGUGUAUUAUGUUAA